AUAAAUACUGCAUUUGUGAGUGCUAUUGGUUGUGUGCAACUCCAUAGCGAUAGACAGUCAUUGCGAGCAUUGAUUGAGUGCUCAAUUGAUUUCACAUUUGAUUUGAUUGUAAUUAACUGAUUGUCACUCAAUCCCAGACAACCACUCAUUGUAUUCAAAGGCAUCAGUUAUUUAUCACUCAAACCGAUAGCAAUCGUCGAGUGAAUAGUCGUGAAAAGAUGGACAGCAAUGGGUCGGCCAUCUCUAACCAGGCCUUUCAGGAGGCGCUCCAACGCGCCCGACAGUUGGCGGCGAAGAUCAGUCGAGAGGCGCCCGGUUCUGGUGGUCCCCCGUCUGGUGGUGGUGGUGGCGGCGGUGGCAAUGGCGGCGGCCCUCCCGGCGGUGGUAUGUCUUCCAGCAAAAGACCACACGAUGACGGAGGAGGAAGAGGUUCACCCGAUGCCAAACGAAUGGCCGCUUUCAACGAUCGUAAGUAUUGUUUGAAUUGA